AUGGCGUCGUCUUCUUUCAUCCUCCUUACACCUCGGCUAGUUCUCAUCCCCACACCCCUCGCCGUCAACAUCAAAUCUUAUGUAAAUCUCUACGCCAGUCUACAUGCCGACGCGGCUUUUUGCGAGAUGGGAUUUGGGGCGUCUUUCCCAGCAAGAAAUUGGACAGAAGAAGAAACACGGGAAAUCAUCUUAACACGAGAUAUUGCUCGAUGCUGGCAAGAGAGGCAUUUGGGCGACCUUGCAGUGGGCCUACGAUCAACAGCACAAAUCGACCAACUGACUACACGACCCAUUACUGGAACCAAUGACCAAGUACAUAUCAUCGAAGAGCACGAAACAGAAACGAUAUCUCAAGCAUUGAGUAACGUGGAAUGGGUAGGAUAUGCGGGUGUGCGCGAUGCAACUACAACAUCUAUGCCGCUGCGCACUGAUGCAGACCCCCCAUUACCGCACUGGCAAGAAAUGAUUGAACUUAGGUAUGGUGUUGCGCCAGCGUGCUGGGGUAAGGGUAUGGCCCGCGAAGCCGCAGAAGCCGUUAUGCAGUGGGCUAGCAGAGAAAGAGGUGUGAAGCGGUUUAUUGCUGAGACGGAAAAAGAGAACGCGAGGAGUGCAAGGGUCUUGGAAAAGAUGGGUUUCGUGAAGAGGGACGGGAUUGAUUAUUGGAAAGAGGAGGGAGAGGUAGAGUGGGAGAGAGUGUUCGUGUGA